AUGGAAAAGACUAGAGACAAAUCAAUUUGCAAAGCGAAGAGAACAGAACGCAUUACACAACAUAAAAAGUCCAUUAUGAGUACGAACAAUAAUACUUCGUCGACGUCACCUACGAGAAAAUCUCAGAGGAACGUUUGGGAUCCGAAAAAAGAAUCUGAAAAGCAAAAUUUUCGUGUACAAGAGAAACCACCGCUUUCUCUUCGUCAAUUUCUUCGUUCGACUGUUACUGUUAAUCCUGGUGGUCAACAAUGGAAGCCAUCUGGUGUAUAUAAUCCACCUGUCGUUCAUGAUGAUUCAACACUUCAAAAGACGCCAGACGAACCGCCGAAAGUUGUGAAAAAAGAUUCGAAGGAUAAAAAACCUGUUUGGUAUCCACCUGGUACUGUUAAGCGACAAGAAGUCAAAGCAUCGAAUGAAGAGAACAAGUCCGAGAAAAAGGAAAAUGAAAAACCCGAGGAAAAGCCAAGAUCUAGAUCGAAAGACAAAUCAAUUCGUCCAUGGCGUCCAUCUGGUCAUCCUGAAUACGAUCCAGUAUUGUACUUUGAUCCACCAAGUUUAAGAUGGUCAGCAAAACAAAUCAAAAGCACAAUGCCUGAAUUUCAAUCAACAUCGAAGAAAUCAUCGACAAAUCAAAAGUGA